AUGUCGAAUGAACAAACAUUAUAUAGUACAAAUCGCAAGGCUAUUGACUCUUCAGGAAGUCUUGGUUCACUCUAUGAUGGAUAUAAAGAUCGUAUACUCUUAAAAGUAAAUGUGAACAGUAUAGAAAAACAGAGUGAAGAAUAUAAAGUUAGACAUUGCAUAAUUACAAAUGAUAGCAAAGAUCAAAAACUAAAUAUUUUACAAAUGAUGGGUGUUGAAAAUGAAUUACGAUUGAGUAUAUUAUUGAAUAUUAGAGAAAAGACAGGAAUAUCUGCCAUUAUUGAUUAUUCUUAUCCAAUAAAUGAAUAUACUCGUUUUUUCUACUAUUAUUAUUUGGAUCGAGAAGAACAACUUUCAAAUAAUCCACCAAAGAUCCAAAGUUCUGAUGAAUCAUCUAAACUUCAAACUAGUGCAACUCACAUUAUUACUGGUAUUCAAACAGGAAUCGAUAUUAUUAUAGUUCUAGAAUUGCCAUUCAAUAAAGAGUUAGUCACGAAAAUCGAUCGUAUCCUUCAUCGAAUCCGUAAUUUGUUGCUUGAUGAUGAUAACAUUUUCAAAUUAACUUCAGACGAUGAACGUGUGCUAGAAAGCAUUAUUCACACAAAAAUAUAUUCGAAUACACGUGAUAUACAAAAUAUCAAGAGAUUUUAUGACAUUUGUCGGUAUAUAAAACAAAACCAAAACAAAACUGUCAACUAGGUCAGUGUUUUACGAUCGUUUUUAAUGGAAC